UUUUAUAAUGUCUAUCGCACUUGCUGCCUGUAAUACAGAAAAACCCGCGGGUAUACCCGUACAACUCGAAGACUGUCAACGGGUCAAGUUGUUUCAAACCUACACACAAAAAUCUGUCGAGUUACAUAACCGAAUCGUCGUUUCUCCCAUGUGUAUGUACAGCUGCCAAAAUGGUUUCUUGAACCAAUUCCAUGUUAUGCAUUAUGGAUCAUUCGCGUUCAAAGGUGCUGGAGCGGUGAUUGUCGAAGCGACUGCUGUAGUACCCGAAGGUCGCAUCUCGCCCAAUGACUCUGGUAUCUGGUCUGACGAUCAUAUCGAGCCGUUAUCUCAUGUAGUGAAUAUCGUCAAGUCUCAAGGAAGCGUACCCGGUUUGCAAAUUGCUCAUGCUGGAAGAAAGGCGUCCAUGUCGCCACCCUUUAAAGGUGAUUACGUCGAAAGUGAAGAAAAUGGAGGCUGGCCCAACCGUGUAAUGGGUCCAAGUGAGAUACCGUUUGCAGAUCACUAUCCAAAGCCUAACGCGAUGACUAAGGCAGAGAUUCAAGCUACAAUUAAAGCCUUUGCUGAUGCUGCUGUUCGUGCUGAUAAAGCUGGUAUUGAAAUUUUGGAAAUUCAUGCUGCUCACGGUUAUCUUCUUCACAACUUCUAUUCAGGCAACUCCAACAAACGCACAGAUGAAUAUGGAGGAAGUUUCCAGAAUCGUAUUCGACUCACUCUCGAAGUUGCCAAGGCAGUACGUGCUGUUUGGCCAGAACAUAAGCCUCUGUGGGCUCGAAUUUCAUGCACCGACUAUGUGAACCCUGACCCGAUGGGAUCAGAUCCGGACGGAUGGUCCAUUGACCAAUCCAUCGAACUAGCCAAACAAUUAAAGCAAGUCGGCGUUGACCUCAUUGACUGUUCCAGUGGUGGUAAUGUCAAGGGUGUUCGGUACCCUAAUCAACCUCUCUAUCAGGUUCCCUUUGCUGAGGCUAUCCGUCGCCAAGCCCAGAUUGCAACCGGCGCUGUCGGACUUAUUGUUGAAGGUGAAGACGCUGAAAAAAUCCUGCAGGAAGAAAAAGCAGAUGUCGUCCUCGUUGCUCGUGAAUUCUUGCGAAACAGUACCUUUGCUCUUUCCGCUGCUCAAGCUCUUGAUGUCAACAUUAACUGGCCAAAACAAUACAGUUGGGCUGUCAAGAAGGCUCGUCGUCAUAACACAACGGCCGAUGAAAAGACUGCUCAGAAAUAAAUAUGUUUUGCUUUUCCUCUAUCGUCAUUUCAUGUUUCAUAUGAAUAAGAAAAAAAAGAGGGGUGUAAUUGAUAUUGAAUCUUUGAGACAAUGAUUUCAUAUGUAUCUCUGCUUGCCCUUUGAAUUGUAAAGGUUUCAAAUUAUGCAAAAAAAAUAAAAGAUCCCCU